GUGUGCCAUUAGCUUUCGUGAUUCCACCGUGAACAGUUCUCUGUGCCGGCUUGUCAGCUCGGGGUCGUGCGCGUUCGUGCGUGUUUCAUCAGCAAAAGGAGCAGGAGGAGAUGUCAUUUCGUCGCAACUGAAGCGCGUGCCAAUUGCGCUUUUUCUUUCAUCUCUGCAAAUAGUUACAGACUUCAAGCAAGUUCCUCACCUUAUAGUGCGUUAUCAUUUGUUUCGCGUUUUGCUCUGAUAAGAGAGCAGGAAAAAUGAGUUCCAGCUCCGCCAACUGCAAGUGUUCCUGCACGGCCGGACUGCUCGGCCUCAGUCUGGCCGGGUUCCUGCUGUCGUUGUACACGUCCUACGUGGAGAUCCGGGCCGAGCGGGACCACAGCUACCAGGCCAUGUGCGACAUCAGCGAGCGGGUCAGCUGCACCAAGGUGUUCACCUCGGCCUACGGUCGCGGUUUCGGCCUCAUUGGCCCGCUCCUCGGCGACGAGUCCCCGCUGAACGUGCCGAACGGGUUCUACGGCAUCUUCUACUACUUCCUGGUGGCGGGCCUGUCGUUGAGCAACAACAUCCGCGUCGCCAGGCUGACCAGCUAUCUUACCGGCCUGUCCAACCUGCUGUCGAUUUAUCUGGCCUAUUUGCUGUACUUUGUGCUGGAGGACUUGUGCAUCGUGUGCGUUACGACCUACGGGGUCAACUUGAUUAGUUUGAUUUUGGCACUGCAAAAGGUGCAGAUUUUGGUGCGCGAGGACCAGGUCAUGAGGGUGAUCAAGAAGGAGGGUUAAUCUAGCACAAAAUGGUUGAAUGACACACUCUUUAAAACAAAAAAAAAACCUUAACUAUUUAACGUUUACAAGCUUUUUCUCUCUGUUCCACGAGUUACUUUCCACAAGCCAAACGAAACAAAACCAGAUGUUGUGAUAAUGUUUAAAAACUCUAUUUGAAAUAAAGUAUUAAUGUGAUGGUUUUAUUGAUCGACA